AGCGUCUGCCACGUAGUCGCCAUUUUAAAAUUCUCGCGAGACGAUGACGUAACAGCGAAGGUGAAGGACGGUGUGCGGGAAGCGCGAGUUUUGUUAGAAAGUAAAGUAAAUUAUGAAUUAGUACAUGUUGGCAUGGCUUCACCCGCAAAGCUUUCAUCAAAAAAAGAUAAUGAUAUUAAAGAACGUUUGAAAACUUACCUCCUUAGCCACCACGAACAUGGGCUAGAGGAAAUAUUGCAGAGGGAUGAUGACAAUGAUCAUUAUUCCAUCACUGUUGAUGCGCUUACCUUGUUUGAAAGUAACAUGGAAUUCUGCAAUAUCUUGCUGGGAAAGCCGUCUCACAUGCUUGAACUAUUUGAUCAAGCUAUAGUGUCUGCACAGGAUCAGAUGCUAAAGGGACAAUGCAGUGAAAAGUAUCAACUGACUGUUAAGCACAAUGUUCAUGCUAGAAUCAUGGCACUUCCUGUGUGUCCUGAGCUAACACGAACCACAUUGCCACGAACUGCUGAUGUCAACAGCUUCUUAUCUGUGACUGGCACAGUCAUUCGAACAACAGUUGUGAAGAUGUUGGAAUAUAAAAAAGAUUAUCUAUGCACCAAAUGCAGAAAUGUCCUUACUGUGCAGGCAGAACUAGAGCAGUUUUACACAAUUGCCAAGCCUUCUAAAUGCUCCAAUGAAGUCUGCAAUUCAACGAGCUUUCAGUCACUGAAUGAAAAAGGUGCAGGUCCCGUGAGUUGUCGCAAUUAUCAAGAAAUUAAGAUUCAAGAGCAAGUUCAGAGAUUGUCAGUGGGUAGCAUUCCUCGGUCAAUGUGGGUCAUUCUGGAGGAUGACCUAGUGGACUGCUGCAAGGCUGGAGAUGAUAUCACUAUUUGUGGUAAAGUGUGCCAGCGGUGGAGACCUUUAGCAGAGGAGACAAAGUGUGACAUUGAGACAGUACUGCGAGCUAACCAUGUUUUGGUCACUAACGAGCAGCGGAGUCGUGUCAUGAUCACUCAGGAACUGAAAGAAGAAAUACUGGAAUUUUGGAAGAAACAUCAGAGCUGUCCAUUGACUGCACGCAACCAAAUAUUGGCAAGUUUAUGCCCCCAGGUGUAUGGACUAUAUGUCGUCAAGAUGGCAGUUGCUCUUGUUCUAGCCGGAGGAGUUCAGAGGGUAGAUGAUGAUGGAUCUUGUGUUCGUGGCGAGCUUCAUCUGCUCCUGGUUGGUGACCCAGGAACAGGGAAGUCUCAGUUUCUAAAGUACGCAUCUAAAAUCACUCCCCGCUCCGUGCUGACAACAGGUAUUGGCAGUACCAGUGCUGGACUGACAGUAACAGCAGUCAAGGACUCUGGAGAGUGGCAGCUGGAAGCAGGUGCUCUGGUGCUGGCUGAUGGGGGUAUCUGCUGCAUCGAUGAGUUCAGCAGCAUCCGACAGCAGGACAAAGCCAGCAUCCACGAGGCUAUGGAGCAGCAGACUAUCAGUGUUGCCAAGGCUGGUCUGGUUUGCAAACUCAGCACAAGAACUUCCAUUCUAGCAGCCACUAACCCAAAGGGAAAAUAUGACCCAGAUGAGUCACUGAGCGUGAACAUUGCCCUGGCCAGUCCACUUCUCAGCAGGUUUGAUCUCGUUUUGGUGCUGCUGGACUGUCAGAAUCCUGAGUGGGACACCGUGGUAUCCAGUUACAUUUUAGAGGACAAGGAUCCCAUGGGUGACAUCGACAUCAAGUCUCUGUGGAGCUUAGAGAGGAUGCAGGCUUACAUGGCCCUUAUUAAGACGAUCACUCCACGCAUGACAGAGAGCGCUGGCCUAGUCCUUCAGGCCUACUAUCGCGCCCAGAGAGCUGCAGACUAUCGUAAUGCUGCAAGGACUACAAUGAGACUGUUGCAAAGCAUGAUACGUCUGGCACAGGCCCAUGCUCGUCUGAUGUUCCGGGAUGAAGUACUAGUACAGGAUGCAGUUGUUGCUGUAACGAUUAUGGAAUCUUCUAUGCAGAGUGCGGCGUUAUUGGGAGGUGUCAAUGCCCUCCACACAGCAUUUCCAGAGGAUGCUGAAGAAGAGUAUGUUUUGCAAGCGGAAAUGAUCCUCACAAGACUUGACCUGAAAGAUUUUUUGGAAGAAGAACUUGCAAACAUGGCAGCAAUGAAGAAGGCUAGAGAGCAGGUGUCAGGAUUAUCAAAAAAGGGAGCUGGGGGACCAGCCUCUAGCUCAUCUCACUCGCAGAACCCAAGAUAUUCGCCGUGUCCAACUCAAGACAGGCUGCCUUCAGCUGACAUCAUUAUUAUCAGCUCUCAGUCGCAGCAACACACAUCAGCAAUAGGCAGAGCUGAUAGAGAUUAUGGGACAGAGACAGAACAAAGACACUUAAAUGCAGAAGAAGUUAGUGACACAAAGUUGACAAACGAAGAGAGCAUAAAGACAGACAGAAGAGGUGUUGGUAGCGCAGAAACGGCGGCAGCGCAAAUUGUAAGCGUAGUUAUUGAACAGCAGCCUGAAACUGGUGCAGACCUCAGUGAGCUCUCUGGAGGAAGUACUAAGCAGGAAGAGCUUCCAAGUUCCGAAUCUCAGAGGUACACUGUUCUCAAAGAUGGGGCUGGAGGAGCAUCUCAGUCAUCUGACUUGGCAUCGCAUCGCAGACAAACAAGCCCUGAAGGAUAUACCACACCACCGAAGAGCUUGCAGUCUGCUGAGGAUGAGCUGUACGAUGUGUCAGAUAACCAUGAAGUCUCAGGCCUUGCUGACCUUUUCGAGGAAAGUGCAAGUGAAAUUUUCGCCAAACCUGUUGUUUCAAAUCGUCCUAGCAUGCAUCCUAAAACUGUUGAAAGAAAAGGAUCAAGUAGCAGUGAUUCUGAAGACUGUGGCAAACUCCCCCUCAUUGAGCACAGUGAGUGUUCCAGAUCUGCUGCUGCAUGUGAUUCAUCAGCUCAGUCAUGCAUCAGUCAGACCAUAGAGAAGCGGAUUUCCCACCAGGACUCACAUGACCAUCCCCAGAUGCAGAUGGACUCUGAAGAUGCUACUUCGCUGUCAGUUCCUGCCAACUGCCUACAUGCCACAGACAUACGCCAGUCUGCACAACUUAUAUGUGUGAAAAACAAUAGCAGGGAUCCCAGAUCUGCUCCCAGCAAACGCCUCGCUGUCAAGCUGAAGCAACAGAUCAACAUGCAUCGUGAAAACAAAGAUCUGGCCUCCAAGCCAGGGAAUAGUCUGAGCGAGCAGACGAUGGAUGGUUUUGGGCAGCACCGCUCUGAAAACCACACAACUGAUAAUGUUGCAGGAGGUCAAAGAAGGAAGAUGGACACUGAGCGUACGGAUAAUCAGACUGAACCAGAUAAUCCCACACCACCCUCUUCACGAUGGGUACGACUGUCUGAAGCCAUCUGUGACCAAGAUGAAACGAAUACUGAGACAGCUUAUCAGCCGUUAAAAAAUCUGUCAUCUAGGCUCCCUGCAGUAAAGCCCAUUCUUCCGAAGCAAGUCUCUGAACUCGUUCCAGCUAGCGACCGCUGUGCCCAGCCAGACGACAAAGUUUCCAAGAACACCCUGACAAAACUCAAACAGUUCUGCUUUCAUCCGUCUUCUGCUGUUUCCGUUAAGGCAAGUGAAGGAAGAACCAGGAGUACGUCUUCUACAGAGCAGCAUUCAGAUUUCACGAUCGAUGAUGCUGAGAAAAAUGGGGUAAAGAAAAGCAGAAAACAGCAGGACCCAGAUCCAAAUGCUAGGAAAGCAGACCAAGUGUUCGGUUCUCCCAAAGAAACCAGAGCCAGCCCUACUGUAGCAAGAGUACCAAUACAAGUUUCAGAAAGUGAAGGCAUCAGUCAUGAAACACGAGCAAGGAAAUGCUUUCAGUUGUCAGACAGUAGUGACGACGAGUAUGGCCUGGGUGCGGCCACCGUGCUAAAGAAGAAGGCGAAAAGAAAGUGGCUUGAGACCGAGAAUGGCAGUGAUGAUGGUGGGGACGAAGCCAUUCGAGACCUGGCGAUUACCGAACAAUUCAAAAGAAGAAGCGUUAACACGGACUUGUGUUCCGAGUCGUUAAGCCCGAGCGCUGUAAGGCCCAGUGGAGCUCAAGCUGUGCGUCCGUACGGUGGAUCUUCGCUCGCAAGCGGCAUCGCUCGCCUGGCACAGGGAAAGCAGAGAGAGAAGCCGGGUGAGGGCAGGUGUCAGACACCCAGUGCUCUACUCCAGAGUCAAGACAGCCUGACAUUAUCGCAGACGGUGGCUACAGACUUCAGCUUCAGCGAUUCCGGACACGAAGCCAACCAACAUACACGACUUCCGGUGCUCGGCGGUUCGCCCACAAAGAGAGCAACUCUCGGCGACGACCCCAGCAAUGAAGCCUUUGGCGGCAGCAGCAAGAGCAGCUCAAGCAAGGCUACUCCCACCUGGCUGCAGAAACUCCACUCUCAGAGGAUGUGCCCCCCUUCCGCACAUAGACCCCCUUCCUUCUCCGCCUCUGUGUUCGUAACGCAAGACAGCGAUGAUGACCUAGACCUUGAAGUGGACUUUGAAAAACCUUUCAACCAACAGGCAAAGUCCUGACAUGGAGAAGCUGCUGGAAAAGCGUGGACUGACCGUGAAUAGGGGAGGGAGUAUUAGUGUCGGUAAAUUCUCGCUGUCAGAGGGAACAGACUGAGUGGUCACGUGGUUCUGUCAUCUGCCAGCGAGCUCCACAACACGUGACCUCAGACAGAUGUGACUCGUCCCUGCUCCCUGACAGCUGGUAGCAGACCUUUGAUGAGUAACCCCUAUAUGACGGCCCUCAGGGAUAAGAAACAGCUGGCAAACAAAUGUGAUGAUCAUCACCGAACACUUGAUGACUGCUUAUGGGAUCUUGCUUGUCUCGUUCUUCUUUCACCGUUAACAGGCACUACGACUCCGAGGUCAUCAGAACCUACCCGGUGCUGUUCAGCAUGGUGGAUGCCGAGGCCGUGCUGAGGGAAUCGCCAGCGGGAACCUUCUUUCUGUACAAAGAUUUUGAGACGGACAAGCUCUACCUCUCCGUCAGGCUGACCAGCCAGAUUCGCCACCACCGGAUCACGGAGGUGCAUCACUUGUUCUACCUGGAAGGACAACCCUACCCGUAUCUCGACUCCAUCAUCUUCUAUCAUCGUCGCCACAAGCUUUGCGGGAUGCGGUUGAAGCAGCAGGCUCACCUGAGCGCCCGUGUGGUCAAGGCCUUCUCCCAGAAGGUGGCUGCGGCGAACAGCAACCUCCCACAGCAACCCCCGUCCCUCCCACCCUCCACCCGCGCGACUGCUAGCGCCAAGCACUCUCGUAACAGUUCCUUGUCAUCGCUCAUCACGUCGUCCUCGGACUCGACAGUGAACGCACGUCUCUAGCAAGACACGUGGGAAUGGAGGAGCAAGAAAGUGGGAUGGAGGGGGUGGUCCUGCCCACCUGAUGACCUCGUGAUGACGGGGGACAUGGAUGUUCUUUAGUCUUGCAGCUAAUCAUGCGUUUCAUCAACUUCGGCAGCGAAAAACUUGUGUCGUGGAGAGAAUUUGAUGUUUUCCUUGUCGACUGGUCCUAUUUAUUGCUUCUUUGCUCGACUAUCUUACUUAUUAUGUGUCCUCCAAGUUGUUGAGAAAAUCUUCUCAAACAUAUUAUUGUGAAAGAUUAUGAUCCCAUAGGGUCGGCAGAGGUUGGUACCUACAAGAAUACCGCAGGCUCGCAGUAUGUUGUGAAGACAGAUGUGUACUACGAUGCUUGACAUCCACAGUGAGCCAGACUGUCGAACGCUUGGAAGGGAAUCGAUGUUCAAGGGACUAAGAAAACAUCCUUUGAAGGAGUUACGACUGUCGGGAGAAUCCUACUUCCUAAUGCAUGAAGAUCUGAUCUCCACAGUAUUCAUGUUGCAUUUAUGACUUCAUAGUUAAUUCAUUGUGCCUAUGCCCAGUUUUCUGCUUAACAAAUGAAGGGAUGAAUGGGUAGAGAGAAUCAGAAGGAUGCCCGGAUCGCAUCUGUCACUGUGUCGGAUUCUGUAAAUAAUUAGAUGUUCCUGCAGAGGAAUGCUUCUGAAAGGAGUCAGUCUGAUUCCGUGGUUCUGUUCACAGCAGGCGCGAUAGUUAUUUCGAGCGCGGGUAAGUCGUUGCCCGGGACAACAUGGGGAACUCGAGGACAGGCACCUUUUUCCAAAAUUAUAAAGUGGAUUCCAGACCGUGCAGAUGUUGUUUUACCGUCGUUAUGAAACAGUGGCAAAGGUGCCAUGUGAUAAGGACACGUGGAGCAGUGUCCGUGGGGUUUGGACACCGCGUUGCUUGACCUCCCCAUUUUGCCCUGGAGAAACGACUUGCUCUCGCUUCAAAACUACGGCCCCAGUCUGAUGGCUUCAGGUAAACGUUCUCCUGUUUACAUUGAUUGUUGGAAAACUGUUUGAUAUGGCUCUUACCUAUGUCUUUCCUUGACCGAGGAAGCAAUUGGAGAGGUGGCCUUAAUAUUGACUGGCAUCGAUAAGGAAUAUUUUCAGAAAUAAUGGUUUUGUGCUCAUAAACAAUCUUAUAGGAUCGUUGUAAAUACAUUUACAUGACACACGGAAGGGAGGAGAGCUCUAGUUUUUCUCAACUUUAAACCAUCUGUGAGUAAUGCAGCGCAUUUUGUACUUCACAACGUGUAAGCACAGACUACAGAUCUGAGUUACCAAAUAACGGAGACCGAUUAUUAUCUGUAACUUCAAAGAUAUUUCAACUAUAAAAAUGUUCUGCGGCAAUCUGCUUAGAAACGAAAUUAGUGAUUGGGACAUUUUGUUAAUUUAUUGUACAGAAAUAGUCCAAUAGAAAAAUUGUGUUGUAACAUGGCUCAAGGACAGUGGAUCCGUGGUCCUGUGAUGGGAGUUUGUGUUUAUUACCUGUAUUACUAGGUUGUGCUUACAGAUGCAUGAUACACGAAUAGUUGUUGCACAAUGCAUUAAAUAUUAAUGUACCAUCA